AGUUAAACAAGCUUGAAUAUGGAAGAUAUUUGAAAGAAGUUGUUGAAAUACUGGAAAGCGAUCCAGAAUUUAAACAAAGAAUUGAAAAUGCAUCAUUGGAUGAUAUUAAAACAGGAAAUAUUGCUGAACAUUUAAGUCUUGUUCAACAUCAUGUACGUACACAACUUGAUGAAGCCAAACAACGAGAAAUGGCUCGAUUAAAAGAUUUAGUUGGACAAAAAGUUCGUAGAUUAAAUGAAAAACAACGUAUGGCACUUAGUCGAGCUGAUCCAAAUGGAAAAUUAAUGCAAGAAUUUCUUCCUCAACAUAUUGAUCAUGGAAAUUCCGAAACAUUUGGUCAACUUGAUCUUGAACGUUUGAUACGUCAUGCAUCAAAAGAUCUUGAUGAACUUGAUCGAAAACGUGCAGAACAAUUUAAAGAAUAUGAAAUGAGAAAAGAAUAUCAACGUCGACAAAAAAAUUCGAAACUUAGUAGUGGAGAACGUAAAAGAUUAGAAGAUUUACAUAGAGAAGCAUUAGAAAAAAAGAAAAAACAUCCAAAAGUAAAUCAUCCUGGUAGUGUUGAUCAAAUGGAAGAAGUAUGGGAAAAAGUUGAUCAUCUAGAAACAGAUCAAUUUGCACCAAAAACAUUUUUUCAAUUACAUGAUAUUGAUGGUGAUGGAUUUUUGAGUGAAGCUGAACUUGAAGCAAUUAUGUUAAAAGAGGCAGAAAAAGUACAUGAUGGAGCACCAGAAGCUGAUCUAGUUGAAAAACAAGAAGAAAUGGAUCGAAUGCGUGAACAUGUUAUGAAAGAAUUUGAUAAAGAUAAUGAUCGAAUGCUUUCAUUAGAAGAAUUCGUUCGUGGUCUUAAUGGCACAGGUGCUAAAAAUGAACAAGGAUGGAAGUCAAUUGAAGAUAAUACAGUCUUUUCUGAUCAAGAAUUUCAGCAAUUUUCCGAGCACAUGAAUCCAGUAUCAACUGCAAUACCUUCUGAUCAAACUCCUUCACCAGCUAGUCUUCAACAACCUCAUGUUGAACCUGAAGCAGCAGCACAACCACCACCUGCAGUACAAGUUCCGCCUCAAGGUCAACCAUCACAACAAGAACAGGUUCACAUUUCUCGCGCUCUACCAGCAGCCGACAAUCCAUAG